AUGGCCGCGGCCGACGUUUUGGCUCAUGCAGGAAGCGAUGCAUAUGGCUGGCCAACGACCCAGCUUUUGACGAGGACGACUGGAUUGGAUGAGGAACUGAGGAGGAAAUGGAGGCAAGAGAAGCAAGAGUCGGACGCAGCUGCGCGACAGCGUCUGCCCGAAUCUAAGGAUUUCACUGCGGCCCCUCUAUCUUCGAGCACUUCAGAGAACAGGAGGAGGAGAAGUAGUGAUGGAGAUCUGCUCGCUGACCCGAGCACUGAUCUCGCGAUCGACUUCAGUUCUGAGGACGGCUUUCUGCAAUGCGCCAAGAAGAAGAAGAAGGCUGCCGCGAGCAAGUGGUUUGACGACGAUGAGGAGAAAAAAGACAACGGAGAAGGUGGUGAAGGUGGUGAAGGUAAUAAGGAAGGCGGCGGUGACUCUGGUGCAGGUGCCGGUGGUGACGCGGGCAAUGGCGACGGUGGUGAUGACAAGAAAGACGGCAAUAAUGGCGAUGAGCCCAAUCCGGACGAUGAGUGGGGUGAUUUUACUGCCGUGAGCGGUAAAAAGAAGAAGAAGGGCAAGAAUGCGGCUGCUGAGACCAAAGUCGAGGCUGAGAAAAAAGAUGAUACUUUUGGAUUGCCUGAUAUCAAGCCAUCAUCUGGAUUCGAUGCCUUCCACGAAAUCAAGUUGGACGAUACAGCCCCUGCCCUUGAUAUAAACUUCGGUAGCACUAACACCACAGAGUCUAAACCGUCAUUCGGAUCCUGGGGCUCUAGCUGGGCAACGGGGAAUACCUGGGGUUGGGGAGGCAGUAAGACCGCAACUGAGACCAAGCCAGCCGAAGAAGAGAAACCCAAGGAGGAGAUUGACAGCAAUCCCUGGUCCAUUAAUCGACCUAAGCCGAAGAAAAAGACCAAGACAACCUUCAGUUUUGGUGCCUUCGAUGAAGCUGAAGAGAAUACUGAGGAGCCUAAUAUUCUCGGAGACGACAAGAAGGAAGAAGAAAAGAAAGAAGACGACGGCUUCGGCUUCUCUGUCGUGAAUAAGAAAGACAAGAAGAAAAAGAAGAACAGCAUAUGGGACCCUGAGCCUGAAGAGGAGAAAAAAGAUUCCCUUGCUGAAUCUCAAGAUCUAGGGACUGCAGCGGCAGAAGACCCCUGGUCCUGGAGCAGUUCUUCCAAGAAAAAGGGCAAGAAAAAUGACCCCGAUCCUGAGCCUCCUGUAGAACCGGCGCCGGCGCCAGUUGAAGAUGACUGGUUCACUCCUGCCAGCAAGAAGGACAAGAAAAAGAAGAAGGGUGCCAUCAUCGAGGAGCCGAAGGAGGAAGAAAAGCCUCCUGAGCCUGCGCCUGAGCCGGAACCGGUAGACGAUUUCUGGGGCACAGUCACCAAGAAAGACAAGAAAAAGAAGAAGGGUGCAAUUGCUGAAGUCGUUGAGCCGGAGCCGGAACCUGUCCCAGUCGAACCUGAGAAGAAGGACGAGGAUAUCUGGGACACCUGGGGCACGGGCAAGAAGAACAAGAAGAAGAAAAACAGCAUCUGGGACGAGCCAGAGAAGACCGAACCUGUCGAAGAAAAGAAGGAGCCUGAGCCUGAACCGGAACCGGAAAAGGCUGACGACGCCUGGGGCUGGGGCCUGUCCAAGAAGGAUAAGAAAAAGAAAGGUAAGAACACUGUAUUCGAGGAACCGCCACCAGAGCCCGAGGAGCCAGCCCCUGAACCUGAACCGGAGCCGGAGCCGGAAAAGCCCGCAGAGGACGACUAUUGGGCCCCUGUCUCCAAGAAGGACAAGAAGAAGGGCAAAAAGGCCGCCGCUGUCUCCGCUUGGGACGACCCUCCGCCGCCUCCACCCGAGGAGAAGAAGGAACCCAUCGAAGACGAAUGGGCCGUCUUUGGAACCAAGAAAGACAAGAAGAAGAAGAAAGGCCUCGUCGAGGAGAUUCCUGAACCCGUCAUCGAAGAGGAGAAGAAAGAAGAGGAAGAAAAGAAGGAUGACUUCGACUUCGGAUGGGGUGCGGUGACGUCCAAGAAAGACAAGAAAAAGAAAGGCAAAAACGCUGUCAUCGAGGAGCCUGAACCGCCACCGCCAGAACCUGAGCCUGAGAAGAAAGAAGAAGAGGACGAUUUCUGGUCCACUUUCGGCAAGAAAGACAAGAAGAAAAAGGGCAAAUCAGCUCAGGAUGUGAUCGAGAACAUCGAUGCCUCAGCUGAGCCUCCCCCGAUUCCCGACAUUCCAGAAUCAGAGAAGAAGAACCUGGCAGACGACACCUGGCCAUCAUUCGUCGAGUCGAAGAAAGAUAAGAAGAGCAAGAAAGGCAAGAUUGCUGAACCUGAACCCGAGCCCGAACUAGUCGUCGAGACGAAGGUCGAAGAAGACGAUUGGAUGGGCUGGGGUACCUCGAAAAAAGAUAAGAAGAAGAAGAAGGGUGCCGUGAUCGAGCCGGAACCUGUCAAGGAGCCAGAACCGGAACCAGAGCAGGAGCCGGAGCCGGAGCCUAAGGUUGAAGACAAUGACUGGCUCUCAUGGGGCACUUCUAAGAAAGACAAGAAGAAAAAGAAGGGUGCUCUCGUCGAACCCGAGCCUGUCAAGGAGCCAGAACCUGAGCCCGAACCGGAACCAGAGAAGAAGACUGAGGAUGACGACUUCUGGUCUACAUUUGGCACAAGCAAAAAAGACAAGAAAAAGAAGGGUAAGACAACUGUCGUAGAUCCUGAACCAGUACCUGAGCCUGAGCCUGAACCUCCGAAAGAGGAGAAGAAGGAAGAGGAAGACACCUGGGGCUUUGCCACUUCAAAAAAGGACAAGAAGAAAAAGAAGGGCGUGGCGGUUGUCGAGCCUGAUCCUCCUAAGGAGCCAGAACCAGAACCCGAGCCAGAGCCGGAGAAAAAGCAAGAAGAUGAUGACUUCUGGAGCACCUUUGGCACCAAAAAGGACAAGAAGAAGAAGGGCAAGAAGGAUGUCGAAGAAGAGGCGCCCAAAGAAGAGGUUAAGCUACCCGAACCUGAGCCUGAAGUCGACAUCUGGGCUACUUCGACAUCCAAGAAAGACAAGAAGAAAAAGAAGGGCGUCAUUGAGGAAGUCAAGGAAGAGCCUGUUCCCGAGCCGGAACCACCAGCAGUCGAUGACACCACAAAUAUGUGGGAUACUUGGGGUACAUCCAAGAAGGACAAGAAGAAGAAGGGCAAGAGCGAUGACACCUCAACCAAUGGCGAGACAAUGUCAAAUAGCAAGACCCUCGAUACGCCUGCUGAUGAUGACUGGAUGAACUGGGGUCAAUCUUCGAAGAAGGACAAGAAGAAGAAAGGCUCAAGUGCUCUUAUUGAACUCGACAAGCCCGAAGAUCCUCCAGCGGAGGAGGCUCCGGCAGACAACGGUGAUGACUUCUGGUCGACCUUCGGCACAAGCAAGAAGGAUAAGAAAAAGAAGAAGGCUGAUGUGGCUUCUGAGACCACCGAACCCCCGUUGAAACCGGACAAGAUUGAAGAACCGAUCGAGGACGAUAUCUGGGGCGUCUCUUCUAAGAAAAAGAAGGGCAAGACCGGCAAGAAUGUCCCGGUGGAGGUGAACGAGAGCCACCUCGACUCGGUCCAGCCUGACUCCAUUGAGGAAACCAAAGAUGAGAGCAAAGCGGACGAUGACAGCUGGGGUAUCUGGGGCACCAGUAAGAAGUCCAAGAAAGACAAGCUGUCCAAGAAAGCCGUCGAUGCCGACCCUCCGCCGGCAGCUCCAACACCGCCAAGCAUGGGUCUGAGUGACCCGGAACAGGACCCUGAUGCUAAUGUCUGGGACGAAGAGCCAAGCGGUUCUUUGACCUUGACCAAAUCCAAAUCUAAGGAUAAGGAUAAAGGCAAGGAGAAAGAGAAGGACGACAAGAAGAAGAAAGAAAAGGAGCCCAAGCUCAGUAAGAAAGAGCUCGAGAAACUGGAGAAAGAGAAGGAAAAGGAAGAGAAGAAGCGCAAGGCUCGCGAGGCCAAGGAAGCCAAAGAGGCCGAAGAGCAGGCGAAGCGUGAAGAGGAAGAACGCCUAGCUCGAGAAGCCGAAGAGGCAGCUCAGCGCGAAGCCGAGGAGAAGGCUCGACUCGAGGCAGAGGAAGCUGAGCGUAAAGCUGCCGAAGAGGCCGAGAUUGCCAAGGAGGAUAGCGAGUUGGCGACCUUGCAGGACAAGAAAGACCGCGGCCGAAAGCUCACUAAGAAGGAGACGGAGAAGUACAACCGCCUCAAGGAGAAUUCCGACAAGCGUGAGGAAGAAAAGGCUGCUCGGGAGGCAGAAGAACAAGCCCAGCGCGAAGAGGAAGAACGUCUCGCCCGCGAAGCCGAGGAGGCAGCUGAACAAGCACGUCUUGAGGCUGAGGAAGCCAAGAAGAAGUCCAAAGACAAGAAGAGCUCGAAAUCCGAAAAGUCCUCGUCCAAAUCCAAAGACAAGGAGAAGGAGAAAGAAGACGAGAAGAAAGCCAAGAAGUCGUCCAAGGACAAGGAGAAAGAGUCCAAACCUAAGGACGAGGAUCUCUUCGACAAGGACUUGGAGCUCAACGACGAGGAGAUCGACGAGCUCUUAUCUGAUAAGCCUGCAACCAAGGCUAGCGCGAGCGCAAAUGAUGCAUUUAGCUUCUGGGGUGCAUCGAAGAAAACGCCCAAAGCAGGCAAGAGUUCGUGGCCUGAGGCGGUAAGUGGAGACUCCCCAGAUUCCUGGACCCUGCUGGGGCCGGGUGCUACCGAGAUUAAACGUGCUGAGUCAUUCAAGGUUCUCGAAGCUACUAGCGGUAGCGCCGCCGAGUCCGUCAGGGAUGCCUGGAAGGACACGCCAUCCAAAACAGCAACAGUAGAUGAUAAGGAUGGCAGCAAAUGGGCGUCCUCCAUGAAGACCAAGAAGGCUGUGGGAGGCAAGAUUGCUGACCGGCUGAGAAACUUUGAGUCAGGAUAUAACGAAUCAUCGUCCAGUGCGGCUGCUGCCUCUGGCCCCCUCCCCCCGCCUCCUCCUCCGCCCGCGCCUGUCGCGCCACCACCCGCUGCCGACCUUAAAAAGUCCAAGAAGUCGUCAUCCUCCAAGAAAGAGGCUACGAAAGACAUCGUCGAGGAAAAGGCUGUCGGUUCCUCAAGGAAAAACAAAUCAACCAGCCCACCAGGCAGUUUCCCUAUUGACGACGAUGAGGACGAGAUCGUCGAGGUCGUAGAUAUGGCUGCAGAGAAGAAGAGCAAGAAGAGCAGCAAGAAGUCGUCCUCAAAGGCCGCUGACGGCGCUGUACCUAUCCCACCGCCUCCUCCUGCUGUUCCUGACGCGCCUUUGACGCCGCCUCCCGAAUCCAAGAAGGAAAGCAAGAAGGAACGUCCCAAGAUCAACCGCGAGGGCUCAAGCUGGGGUAUGUGGAAUGCGACACCACGCGAGAAGGAGAAGGAGAGGAAAUCGUCCUCGUCCAAGGCCAAGGUUGUCGAGGAGCCCAGAAAGUCUUCAAGAUCUGAACAAAAGAAGUCGCGCUCCGCGGACAAGGAUGAGAAGUCAUCAUCGAAAGGCUCCACCUCCGAUAGGGAGCAGCGCGUCAAGGAGGAUCGUGUGAAGGAGACACCGGCGCGGCAGAGACUCUCUAGCAUCUUCGCUAGCACUCCUCCUUUGUCGCGCUCCAUGUCAACACGCGAAAAGAAGGGAAGUGUCAGUAAAUCAUCGCGGAGACACUCGGUCGAUGUCUCUCACGGUGUCCCGUCGCCCCCUCCCGAAGAUGUCCCCGAGAUGAGCGCAAAAGCCGCCAAGAUUCUCGGCGUUGGCGCUGGUGUUGAGCGAUCGAGUAGCAAGCGCUCCAAGAAGCCUGCCAUCGAUGACGAUGAAGAUAUCGUCAUGGUAGGCAUGGCGGACGCGCAGCCUAGUCCCGACAAGUCUGCGCGUCGCAGGUCAAAGCAAUACCCUCGCGAUGAAGACAUGGUCAUGGUUGAUGCAAUCGAUGCUACCCCAACUCCUCUCCGACGCUCCAACACUAGUGCCUCUACCAAAAAGGGCCUCGGUGGCCUGUUUGGUGGUCUCUUAUCGACUCCUCGCUCUGAACCACGACCGGAAGCACCCCGCCGCCGUAGCACAUAUCAUACCACCGACGAUGAGGGCGGUAGAGCGCGUGGUGGCGAUGACGUCGACAUGACCGACGCCGAUCAAGAAGCUCGCCGCGCUGCUCGCCGUGCGCGUCGCGCAGAAAAGGAAGCCACGGAAAAGGCUGCCGAAGAGGCUCGUCGUGCCAAGGAUGACGCUCGUCGAGAGCGCCGCCGUAAACAAGAAGAAGAGGCCGAGGCACAACGUCAGGCCGACAAAGAUGCUCGUCGAGCAGAACGUAGGGCUGCUAGAGCGAAGGAGGAAGCUGAUCGCAAGGCCGCAGAAGAUAAAGACGCGAAAGAAGAACGUCGGAGGUUGAGGCGAGAGGCACGCGAACGCGAUGCGCCUGACGGCGAGACCGAUGCUGAUGCAGAAGCACGUCGUGCCGAACGCGCAGCGCGUUAUGACCGACGUCGGCCUCAUGCUGUCGAGGCUAGUGAUCGCGAGGAUGACGAUGAGCGCCGCCGCCGCCGUGCCGAGAAGCGAGCUGCUCGUGAAGCCGAGGGCAAGAGCAGUCGUCGCCGUUCAGAACAAGUCGAUGAUUUCGUCUACCCUCGCAAGUCAUCGCGCCAUCAUGCAGAUGACGAACGGGCAGCGAAGAAGCAUGGCAGUAGCUGGCCACACUCAGGUACCUCAUCAUGGGUGAAGGAGCAUAGCGAUGCCCCGCCACCGCCUGAGGAAGGUGGCCAUGCUACCGAGACGGUCGACGAGGACGAGGCACGUCGUGAGAGACGCCGAGAGCGAAGGCGAUCGAAGUACGAUGAAGUCAACGGUGUUACUGAAGAUGAACAACGUCGUCGUCGGGCGAGGAGAGAAGAGCGUGAGCGUCAUCGAGAUGGCCACGAUAGCCGGAAGGCAGGGUCUGAAGGCAGUGAUGAGCGACGCAGGGAGAGCGGAAGGAAUUCAGUCUUCAUGGACACCACACCAAGAAGCAGCUGGUGGAAGAAACUUACUGGCAACUAA